UAUAUUCUUUGUUUAAGAGCAGUCUUCUCCGUCUUCCUUCCAUCCCCGCACGACCGCGCACCACUCCACCACCACCAACUUCAUUACCCUCUUCGCCUGCCGGCCCCGUCCCUCGCCUCGCCGCCGACCAACACCGCCCGGCCUCAGGCACAGCUGCAGAGCUCUCUGCACACCACCAUUCCAAGUCCAAGGUCAAUCCUUUUCCUUCGGAGUCGGAGGGAGGGGGAGGCUUCCAUGACAGCCCGCCCAGCACUUCCAUGACGACCGGAGGACGCCGAUGGAAUGGCAGAUCCCGUAGACAUCGACAAGGCACUUGUUGCUCUAAAGAAAGGCACCCAGCUGCUUAAAUACGGUCGCAAAGGGAAGCCAAAAUUUACUCCCUUCAGACUAUCAAAUGAUGAAUCAACUCUUAUUUGGGUUUCAAGUAACAAAGAGAAAACUUUGAAAUUAGCUUCUGUGUCUAGGAUUCUCUCAGGGCAAAGAACGCUGGUUUUCCAACGUUUUCUGCUCCCUGAAAAGGACCAUUUAUCCUUCUCACUCAUAUAUAAUGAUGGCAAGCGGUCUCUUGAUCUGAUCUGCAAGGAUAAAGUCGAGGCGGAGGCUUGGUUUACUGGUCUUAGUGCCUUGGUAUCUCCAGGACAGCAUGGAUCUCAGGCCCAACACAUAGAUGGAAUACGAAAUGCUGGUCUUUCUUUUGAUUGUGCAAGAGAAAGUAGCCUAAGCAGUAGCUCUACUUUCACGUCAGAUUCCCUUGAGAAUAAGUUGAGCUCUGCAAACUCUACCAAGGAUCGCUCUUCAGGAGAAUACACAUAUUCAGAAAGGACUGAUGUGUCAGAUAUGCAAGUGAAAAGUGUUUCUUCUUCAGACAUUCGAAUCAGUGUUUCCAGUGCCCUUAGCACAUCCAGCCAUGGCUCUGGAGGUGAAGAUUCUGAAUCGUUUGGAGAUAUUUAUGUAUGGGGGGAAGUCAUCUGUGAUACUGCUUCAAGAUCAGGGUCCGAUAGAAGUGCUUACUCGCCUGGCGUAACUACUGAUGUUCUUGUACCAAAGCCCCUAGAGUCAAAUGUAAUGCUUGAUGUCAGUUAUGUGGCUUGCGGUGUGAAACAUGCUGCCCUUGUUACAAGACAGGCAGAGGUAUUUACAUGGGGAGAAGAAUGCAGUGGGCGUCUUGCUCAUGGGGUUGGAACAAAUGUUUUCCAGCCACGUCUUGUUGAGUCAUUAUCUAUCUGCAACGUCGAACUAAUCGCUUGUGGUGAAUUCCAUACUUGUGCUGUCACUGCAACUGGUGAUCUCUACACUUGGGGAGAUGCUACACACAAUGCAGGGCUGCUUGGUCAUGGUAGUAACGUGAGCCACUGGAUCCCGAGAAGAGUUUCAGGUCCACUGGAUGGUCUUCAGGUAUCUACUGUAUCUUGCGGCACAUGGCAUACAGCCUUGAUAACUAGUUCUGGAAAGUUAUACACAUUUGGUGAUGGCACAUUUGGAGUCUUGGGUCAUGGAAAUCGAAAAUCAUGCUCAUAUCCAAAGGAAGUGGAAUCUUUGAAGGGUUUGAGGACAAUUUCUGUUUCCUGUGGUGUGUGGCAUACUGCUGCUGUUGUUGAGGUUAUCAUUUCACAGUCAAAUGCUUCAUCUGGAAAGCUGUUCACUUGGGGGGAUGGAGACAAAUACCGUCUUGGGCAUGGUGAUAGGUCUUCAAAACUGAAACCAACUUGUGUGCCUUCUUUGAUAGAUUACAACUUUCAUAGGGCUGCAUGUGGUCAUACUCUUACAAUUGGGUUGACUACUUCAGGACACAUUUUUACCGUGGGAAGCUCUGUGUAUGGACAGCUUGGUAAUCCAAAUAAUGAUGGAAGGUAUCCUCGCCUAGUUGAAGAAAAACUUGGGGGUGGCGGUGUUAUGGAGGUUGCUUGUGGAUCGUAUCAUGUUGCAGUAUUGACAAAUGCUGGCGAAGUUUACACAUGGGGUAAGGGUGCAAAUGGAAGAUUGGGUCAUGGUGAUAUUGCAGAUCGCAAAGUGCCUACACUUGUUGAGGCUUUGAGGGAUCGGUCUGUAAAACGUGUUGCUUGUGGAUCAGGCUUUACAGCUGCAAUUUGCCAACAUAAAUGGGUCUCUGGGAUGGAGCAGUCUCAGUGCUCGGCAUGUAGACAGCCAUUUGGUUUCACUCGGAAAAGGCACAACUGUUACAACUGUGGUUUAGUACACUGCCAUUCGUGUAGUUCAAAAAAAGCUUUAAGAGCAGCAUUGUCUCCUAAUCCCGGGAAGCCAUAUCGUGUAUGUGAUUCAUGUUAUGUGAAAUUAAGUAAAGUUCUGGAUUCUGGUGUCAGUUAUAGUAGAAAUACUAUACCCCGUUUACCUGGUGAUACAAAGGCUGAGAAAAUUGACACAAAGGUUACCAAAGUUGCACCAUCCAGUAGCUCAGAUAUGAUUAGGAGUUUAGAUGUAAAGGCAGCUAAGCAGACGAAGAAGUCUGACUACACUUCACAAGUUCCAGUAGCGUUGCAGCUUAAAGACAUCCCUUUCAUCAGUGCACCUGACCUCCAGAACUCAUAUACAGUGGCUAAUCAAUACCCUUAUGACUCAAGAUCUACUUUACCAUUUUUGAGGAUGCCAUAUCUGAACUAUUCCAGCUCGCUGUCCUCGGAAAGCUUGGAGAGCCUUAGGGAUGCAAAUGAACUUCUGAAGCAAGAGGUUCAAAAACUACAAGCAGAGGUUAAUAGCUUGCGACAGGAACGUGAACAGCAAGAUGCUGAGCUGCAGAAAUCAGAGGCAAAAGCCCAUGAAGCGAUGACCCUUGCUACUGAGGAAGCAUCCAAAUUGAAGACUGCCAAAGAUGUCAUAAAAUCACUGACAGCACAGCUAAAAGAAAUGUCUGAAAGGCUUCCUGCAGGAGCAUGUGAUGCGAAGAAUGGGCGCCUGAUGGGUGCUUUACCGCCUGAAAUUGGAAGAGAGAACCAGAUGAGAUAUGACCCUAGCAGCAUUCAGUAUCCCCAAACUCCGGCUUCUGUUGCGUCUGCUCGGUUUGGUGGAUUACCUCCCCAAGUUCAUCAUGCAAGUGAAUACAAUGAAACAGUCAUGGUUCCACAAGAGGGCAGGGGUGAACACCUCAACGGUUUCAGAGAGUUCUCCUCUGUGCAGCAGAGGGCCAAUGGAGGGACUAUUGGGUAUCGUCAUAGACCAGACGAUCAUGACCGGAAGGAAACAGACAGGUUCCAGAUAAAUCUAAACAACUUGAACAUGAGAAGUUCAGGUUCCCCCAAUAAUCAAGUUGAAGCAGAGUGGAUAGAGCAGUAUGAACCUGGAGUAUACCUGACUCUAGUUUCUCUUCGUGACGGAACCAAAGAGUUGAAACGAGUACGAUUCAGCCGUAGGAGGUUUGGAGAACACCAAGCAGAAUCAUGGUGGAAUGACAAUCGGGAAAAAGUGUACGACAAGUACAAUGUGUGCGGAACCGAUCGGCUCUCUUCAGUAAUGACAAGUUGAUGUAAACCUGCAUGAAGGGCCGAGACGUCCAGCUUGGUUUUUUUAGAAUGUGCUUCAUCCUACCUUGUGUUAUGUUCUGUCAUCUACAGCACCACACCCCUUGUUGUAUAGAGGAAAUCAUGUGUAACAUGACGGGAGCAAGUAGUUGUUGCUCCUUUGACCAAGAUACAUAGUUUGUAUGUAUAUUUUGGCCUCGGGUUAAAAGGAUGAGAGAAAGCUCCACCGUCUUCUUGCGGCC